AAUAUCAUGUGAACACUGAUUCUUUUCUCUCGUAAGGUCACAUGUCCUGGUGUUUUCCUACCAGAGAAACAUGAUGUUUAUCUCGGCGUGUACAUCUUGGGCCAACACAAGCAGACGGAAUGCCUUCCUCCCGUUUUCCCCCUGUUGUUUCAUGAGAAGAUGGUGUUUGAAAAGGUCUUUGAAAAUGCUGUAGAUCCUGCUGCUGUAACUGAAAUACUUGAAAGUCUUGUAACGAAGUUUGAAUUAAUUCAGCUUUCAUCUUCAGGAGAUGGCCUUGCAUUUUAUGAAGAGAAUACUCGAGAUUUUCUGUUCCCAGAGCCAAAGCUGACUCCUGCAUAUCCUGGUGUGGACAGAGAAUUAUUGAUGAAAACAUCUUCUCAUUUCCCAGGAAUAGCACCAAAAAUAGAAUUCUCCACAAGAACAACGAUUACAGAUCUUCCACUUUGCUGCAAAGGGAAAAAUUUUUUCCCAAACAGAACAAGGAAUCAAAGAUCUGCAUCUGCGUCCCCCAAACGAAGGAGCAAGGCAUUAACAAAGUGCAAGACAUCAGUGAAAAGGGAGAAGAUCCACAAAAGGCAUAAAACAUCAUUAAAAUCACGGGCUCCUUCUCCAAACAUUAGAGACCACUUCUAYGACCUUCCCACAGAGAACCCACAGCAUCUGCACAGACCGAGCUUGCGAUCUGCAGAGUGCCAUCCAGACAAUGAGAACAAGCCACCACUUGUAGCCAAACAUGUGGACAGUUCCAAAUCAUUCAGUGAAAUAACCUCACCAUUGUCUUUCUGCAAUGUGAAGAAAAGUUUGAAAUUAGCGAGAGAUUCUUCCAAAUCUCACGUGAAACGAGCUUUAAGUUUUAAUAACUGUGAAAUGUCAAAAACCUCAGUUAAGAUUAUCAGGGAGCCAGCUGAACAGGCUCCUUCUGAUUCAUCGUCCUUUGAAACAGAUAAACCUUUCAGUUACCAUCAGUGUUCUCCCAAUCAAAAGUAUUUAGCUUUUCACUGUGCAGCUCCAUCUGCUACCUCCCAACAGCUAAAGACACCAAAUCCUGCUCGAAGUCCCUCUCCUCUUCAAAACAGGUCGCAUCCCGAUGCAGCUUCCAGCUGGGAGAAAAUCAACGAGCGGGUGCGGAGUCUCCUCACGUCCGCACAGGCCAAGCAGCGGCUCUCCUCGGGAGCUACUGAGAAUGAAAUUGAUGAUGUCCUUGAAAGAAGAUCUGUCUGUCUGAGGAAUUCCCAGCCUAAUGACUCAGGGAGUGAAGCUAAUGCUAAGAAGCUAUUAUAAGAAAGGUGGAACAGCACAAUGACUCCUGGAAACUGAUCUGAAGAACACAGUGAGAUGCUUCUGUUCCAGCUGAACAGUGCUAUCUGCCACUGCAUAGGCAUGUCUGAUUAAAUGAUUACCAGUGGCUUCAAAUAUAACUGUCACAGAGGUGUGAACUUACUAGCUUCUUAGUAAUGCAAAGGCAAGUUUUUGAGUCUUGUCUCUGGUCUCUACUUUCUUUACAUUUUGCACUUAAAAUUACUACUGAAGAAUUACAGUCCUGGAGCUGAUGAUCUAAAGGACUACUCUUCUCAGUGUAUGUCCGUAAAAAUAAGAGUCCCUUUACUGCAUAAUUACUAUCAUAUAUUCUCUACCUUCUUGGGAAAAGGUAGCUGAAAUGGUUCUUUAAUACAUAUACUCAAAACCCCAGG